GCUGCACUGAGGUCUCCUCAAACACAGGUUUCCUUCCUAUGGCCGUGGUACCAUGGGCUGUGUCCAUGCUGUUAUUGCUGGUGUUGCAUUCUCCAGGGGUGGUCUCUCCCCCCGCCCAGCACCUCUGUGGCUCCCACCUGGUGGAUGCUCUGUACUUCGUGUGUGGGGAUCGGGGGUUUUUCUACAAUCCAAACCGAACCCAAAAGAGGGAUCUACAGCCUCUGCUUGGGUUCCUGUCUAAAAGGGCCAGACAGGAGAAGCGUCUGUGGAAGGCUCUGUCUGGCCGUGAUGAGCCCAAGGUGAAGAGAGGCAUCGUGGAGCAGUGCUGCCAUAAGCCCUGCACCAUUUACCACCUGGAGGGCUACUGCGACUGACUAACUACUACUCCAGAGCUAGCACCACUCAUAGCCUGUAAAAAGGUCUUGAAGUCAAUCUCUGACCAAGUACUUGCUGGCUAUGUCUUAUCUAAUUCUCACUAAAAGGAAAUAAAGCU